AUGGACCCGCUUCAUCCUAUUCAAAGAGUAAGUUGAUAUUUAUUUUUUACCUUAAACAAAUAAUUGAUUACAGCAACUGAUCCUCAAUCUUCGCGCCCUACUUGUUGCAAUCAACCAAAAAUUGCCAAUGUUGAAUAUAUACUUCCCACCUACUGUACGCUUCAAUUACAUCAACUUUAUCAAUUACUAUAGUGAAUAUCUUGCGAGAAUCAACACUCCACAACAAUUCAAUGUGAGUUUGCUAAAAAAAAAGUCAUCAAAAAUCCUUAAGAAUUGAGAGAAAGUACCAAAAUUACAAAUAACUCUUGUCUCAUUGGGACUAAUUUGUUUGUUGUUUCAUAAUAAGUUGCAAAAAAAACCUUUCUAAAAUUUGAAAUCUGAAUCUGUUUUGUUUUUCCCUCGCGAAACGACAAUUAACAAAUGUUUUUUUACAGGAAAGAGCACCAAUCUUGGCAUUGGCGAUUCAAACAACUCACGAUGCAAUUGAUCAGUUGAUCAAUAGCUGUCAACAAAUCGUUCGCAUGCAAAUUGAAAUCAGCUCCCUCGAUAUUCCUCCACCAUAA